AUGGGAACCGAGUGGGAUGCGCUUCGGAAGCAGGCUCGCCAUUUGGAGAACGACAUCGAUAUGAAAUUGAUCGCCUUCAACAAGGUUGGCGUUGGUGCAGCUAGCUCCUCUGCGACGGCUAGCAACACGGACACGUCACCUCUGCUAGGGGACCAUGUCUUUGAAUCGCUAUCAUUGGAGAUAGAGCAAAUGCUGGACAAACUGUCCAACAUCAAUGAAAAGAUGUCUGAGAUUCCAAACAGUGGUGCAGCCGUCAUGCAUGUACUACAAAGACACCGCGAAAUACUGCACGGUUACCGGCAGGAAUAUUUGAAGAUACAGGCAAACCACACGACGCGCAUGGAACGCGAAGAGUUGUUGCGUGGGUCUGGGCUGGGAACUUCGUCUCCAUCAACGUCCGGGUUGAGCCGUCGGGAUAUGUACCUUAAGGAAAAUACCCAUUUGCACAGUUCCAGCUCGCUAGUGAAUGACCAAAUCAGCAUCGCGAUGGAAACAAAAGAACAUCUAACAUCACAGCGGCAACACUUGAAGCGGUUCCAAACGCGUAUGCACGAUAUAUCGAACCGCUUUCCGCUCAUAUCCAGCCUAAUCCAACGAAUCAAUAUACGCAAGCGAAGGGAGUCACUUAUCAUUGGCGGCGUGAUAGCGGUCUGUACAAUCUUACUACUGUUGUACGCAUUUCACUGA